AGUGACGUUUGAGGACGUGGCCGUCUAUUUCUCCCCCGAGGAGUGGGUCGAGCUGGUGGCAUGGCAGCGGGAGCUCUACCAGGAGGUGAUGAUGGACAACUAUGACCUGGUUGCCACCCUGGGCCCCGAGUCCAAGCUCACCCACAAAAUGGAACCCAGGGAGGAGUCGUGUGGGGGGGUCCCCUGCGGCGGGGGGGACGGCAGAGCUCCUGACGCCUCUGGCACCUCUGCCUGGGGCGGGACGGCCGGCGAGGACCUGUGUGAGGACGACGACCGGGGACGCUGGGUCCCGUGCGCAUCGCCAGCCGGGUCGGCCGAGGAGUUGGGGCACCCCGUGCUCUGCUCCAGCUGGUGCGACACGGAGCCGGGGGCCUGGGCCGGGGAUGCCCCCCAGGAGCUGCCGGGGUGGGACCGGGGGGAGCGGCUGCUGGAGGUGCCCGUGGCGAGGGGUGGGGGGCUCCUAAUCUGCGGCACCUGUGGGCAGAGCUUCGAGGACGAGGCUGGGCUGAGCGCACACCAGCGCGAGCACCUGCGCCCAGCGCCCUCCUACCAGUGCGGCGCCUGCGGCAAGGCUUUCCGCCACUACCGCAACCUCCUGACGCACAAAAAGCACCGGGGCCGGCGCCGGCAUGCCUGCACGGAGUGCACCAGGACCUUCUGCUUGAAAGGGGAUCUGUUGCGGCACCGGGCGAGCCACGGUGGCGAGGGCGGCUAUGCCUGCCCGCUCUGUGGGGACAGCUUCCGCCACAAGCGUGACCUGCAGGCGCACCGCAAGGAGCACGCUGGCGACACAUGCUGCAAGUGCCCCCAGUGCGACAAGCGCUUUGAGGACGAGGCCAGCCUGAGCCGGCACCGGGCCGCCGACUGCGAGGAGCGACCCUUCCUCUGCGGGCGUUGCGACCGCAGCUUCAGCUGGAAGGAGAGCCUGAUCAUCCACCAGCGCAGCCACGCGCAGGAACGCUCCCACAAGUGCCCCGACUGCGGCCGCGGCUUCAGCCGCAGCGGGAACCUGCUGGUGCACCAGCGUGUGCACACGGGCGAGCGGCCCUUCACGUGCCCCCAGUGCGACAAGUCCUUCUGCAACAAGGCCAACCUCAUCACGCACAAGAAGCUCCACCGGCGCUACAAGACCUUUGCCUGCUCCCAGUGCCGGCUGGGCUUCAGCUCCAAGAGCAAGCUGCUGCUUCACCAGCGGGCCCAUGCUGCCAAGCGUCCUUUCGCCUGCAGCGAGUGUGGGAAGAGCUUCCAGCACCGGGGGAACCUCAUCACCCACCUGCGGGUGCACACGGGGGAGAAGCCCUUUGCCUGCACCGUCUGCGGCAAGAGCUUCAGCCAGAAGGGUGACCUGAUGCGGCACCAGCGCAUCCACACUGGCGAGAAGCCGUUCGAGUGCACUGUCUGCGGCAAGAGCUUCUGCUCCAAGCAGACCUUCAUCCUGCACCAGCGCAUCCACACCGGCGAGAAACCCUUCUCCUGCACUGAGUGCGGCAAGAGCUUCAACCGCAAGGCCAACUUCAUCACCCACCAGAAGAUCCACCGCGGCGAGCGCCCCUUCAUCUGUGCCGAGUGUGGCAAGGGCUUCUGCGCCAAGAAGACCUUCAUCCUCCAUCAGAAGAUCCACAUCGGUGACCGGCCCUUCGGCUGCUCCGAGUGUGGCAAGAGCUUCAGCCGCAAUGGCGACCUGACGCGGCACCAGCGCAUCCACACCGGUGAGCGCCCCUUCGCCUGCGCCGACUGUGGCAAGUGCUUCAGCCACAACGGCGAGCUGAUCAAGCACCAGCGCAUCCACACCGGCGAGAAGCCCUUCACCUGCACCGAGUGUGGCAAGAGCUUCAACCGCAAGGGCACCCUCAUCACCCACCAGCGCAUCCACACCGGCGAGCGCCCCUUCGUCUGCCCUGAGUGCGGCAAGACCUUCAACCUGAAGACCACGCUGAUGAAGCACAAGCGCAUCCACACGGGCGAGCGUCCCUUCACCUGCCUGGAGUGCGGGAAGAGCUUCAAGUACAAGGGCAACCUCCGGACCCACCACCUCACCCACACGGUGGAGCGGGUCUACCCCUGCACCGAAUGCGGCAAGAUCUUCAGCCACAAGAAGGAGCUGACAGUGCACCAGGGCGUGCACACGGAGGAGAGGAUCCUCUCCUGCUACCGGGAGGGAGAGUCCUUCAACCCCUUCCUCCCCAUGCACCCGCUCCUCAUGUCCUGCACCCAGCUCCCGGUGCCGCUGGAAGCCUUGUCCAAGUACAAACAUGGAGCCCUGGGGCGGCACUUGGCCAGCUUCGGGGACCGUCCCCUGCAAGCUGCCGGGGAAGGAUCCCACCACGCUGCGGGCCAGAGCCCACCAUCACCUCCAGUUUGGGUCAAGAGCUUCUGUCACGGAAGCUUCCUCCAGGACAUGAGGACUCCGCUCUCCCGCAUCGAGCGAGAUGCUGAAGCUCAGCUGGCGCCCGGCUGGUUUGGCAUCGCCGGCGAUGCCGCCAGCACCGUGGUGUCCCCGAGAGCCGUGUGGGAUGCCAUGCCAGUGACGUUCGAGGAUGUGGCCGUCUACUUCUCCCCCGAGGAGUGGGCAGAGCUGGCAGGCUGGCAGCGGCGGCUUUACCGGGAGGUGAUGCUGGAGAACUACCAGGCAGUCGCCUCGCUGGGCUGGCCCGCUGUCAAGCCAGAGAUCAUCUGCAAGAUGGAGCGAGAAGAGAUGCCGUGCAUGCCAGCCCCUCCCAGGGCACGGUGGAGGCACCGGACCCCUGUUCCAGGCAGCGACCCCGGCCUCUCCUCCCCAGCAGCUGGUGAUGUGUGGAUGCAGAGGGAGAUCAGGGGGGGUCCUGAGGGGCUGCGGGCACCUACCGCCCUCCUCCUGAGGACGCCCGAGCGGGGCGGGAGCCGGCGGCGGGGCUCAGCCCGCCGCCGGCUGAGCGGGAGCAGGGGGGGCCCGGCGGGGCACCCCCGUCUCCAGCCCCUCUCGGCCCCCCGGCUGCUGGAGAAGACCCCCCCGACGUGCCCCGAGUGCGACAAGAGCUUCAAGAGCCAGACGGCGCUGGCCAUCCACGAGCGGAGCCACACGGGCGAGCGUCCCUUCGGCUGCCCCCGCUGCGGGAAGGGCUUCCCCUCCAAGGGGGACCUCAAACGCCACCAGAAGACCCACGCGAGGAAGCCAGACCCCCACCUCCCCAGCACCGUCCCGGGCAUCCCGUCCAAGCUGCUGCUGGCCCGGCCCCCCCGCGGCCCCCUGGUCCCCAGGAGACCCCAUGCCUGCGCCGAGUGCGGGAAGAGCUUCGGCAAGAGCCGGGACCUGAAGAAGCACCAGCAGACGCACACGGCGGCGCGGCCCUUCUCCUGCCCGCAGUGCGGCCGCCGCUUUCGGCUGAAGCAGAUCCUGGCGUCGCACCAGAAGGUGCACGGCGGGGAGAAGCCCUUUGGCUGCGCCGACUGUGGCAAGCGCUUUGGUCAGAAGCAUCACCUGCUGAGCCACCGGCGGGUGCACACCGGCGAGAAGCCCUUCGCCUGCAGCCACUGCGGCCACCGCUUCAGCCAGAAGCACCACCUGGUCAGCCACCAGCGCAUCCACACUGGGGAGCGCCCCUUCGCCUGUGCCCGCUGCCCCAAGGCCUUCAGGGACAAGAAGACCCUCACCGUCCACCAGCGGGUCCACACCGGUGAGAAGCCCUACAAAUGCGCCCAGUGUGGGAAGGGCUUCGGGAAGAAGGCGCACCUGACCCGGCACCUGCGGGUACACACGGGCGAGCGGCCCUUCCCCUGCAGCCAGUGCGGCCGCUGCUUCCGCCAGAAGAUCCACCUGCGGUCCCACCAGAAGACGCACACGGGCGAGCGGCCCUUCCCCUGCCCCGAGUGCGGCCGCCGCUUCCGCAAGAAAACCCACCUGGUACGGCACCAGCGUACCCACACCGGCGAGCGGCCCUUCCCCUGCGCCCGCUGCGGUCGCUGCUUCGCCCACAAGCAGCAUCUCCUCCGGCACCAGCAACUGCACGCCGAGCCGGCGCCGGGGGACGGGGACGGGGGGGUCCCCGCCGAGCAGAAGCCCUUCCCCUGCCCCGAGUGCGGGAAGAGCUUCAGCUGGAAGAAGAACCUGGCGUCCCACCGCCGGCUGCACCGGGAGGGACGGCCCUUCGCCUGCGCCGAGUGCGGCCGCGGCUUCAGCGACAAGCGGCACCUGAUGGCGCAUCUGCGGGGGCACAUGGGGCUGAAGCCCUACGCCUGCCCCCACUGCGAGAAGACCUUCAGCCACAAGCCCAACCUGACCACGCAUCAGCGCACCCACACCGGUGAGCGGCCCUUUGCCUGCCCCCACUGCGCCCGCGGCUUCGCCCACAACCAGCACCUCCUGCGGCACCUGCGGGUGCACACCGGCGAGCGCCCCUUCGCCUGCCCCCAGUGCGGCCGCUGCUUCAGCUCCCGGCCCAACCUCAUCGCCCACGCCAAGGCGCACGCCGGCGCCCGGCCCUUCGUCUGCGAGCAGUGCGGCCGGGGCUUCAGCCGAAAGUCCCACCUGGCCCGGCACCAGGCGGUGCACACCGGCACCCGGCCCCACGCCUGUGCCCAGUGCAGCAAGCGCUUCAGCUCCAAGACCAACCUGGCGCGGCACCAGGCGGUGCACACCGGCCACCGGCCCUACAUCUGCACCCAGUGCGGCAAGAGCUUCAGCCGCAAAACACAUCUGCUGCGCCACGAGCGCACCCACCUUGGCGCCGGCCCUUUCCGCUGCGCCCAGUGCGGGAAAGGUUUCCGUCAGAAGCAAAGCCUCAUCACACACGAGAGGAUCCACACCGGAGAGAAACCCUACAGGUGCGGGGACUGCGGGAAGAGUUUCAGCCAGCGGCCCAACCUCCUGACCCACCGCCGCGUGCACACAGGGGAGCGCCCCUUCCCCUGUGCCCAAUGCGGCAAGAGCUUCAGCCAGAAGGCCAACCUCCUGGCCCACCAGCGGAUCCACGCUGCCGGGGAAAAGGCGCUGGCUGGGGGUGAGCAGGAGGACGGCACUUCCAGCAAGCCGAAGCUGCGAUCCCAGCAGAGGAAUUACCAGGAGGACACCCCCUUCGUCUGCCCCGAGUGUGGGAAGAGCUUCCGACAGAAGCCCAACCUGAUCACCCACCGGAGGAUCCACACCGGGGAGCGUCCCUUCACCUGCUUCCUCUGCGGCAGGAGCUUCAACCAGAAGACCAAUCUGGUGACCCACUACCGCGUUCACACGGGGGAGCGCCCCUUCGCCUGCACCCAGUGCGGCAAGCGCUUCACCCAGAAAACCAACCUGGUGACGCACCAGAGCACCCACACAGACCUCCGUCCCUAUCCCUGCGGGCAGUGCCAGAAGUGCUUCAAGGACAAAGUCUCCCUCAAAGCCCAUCAGAAGACUCACGCCCCGCGCCAGCGGCGCUGCCCGGGCCGCAGCCCGGCCACCGGCCUGCCCUAUGGGGCUGCGCCCACCCUGCUCCAGCCCGGUGGUCCCGAGCCAGAGGCCCCCUUCAGCCCCAUGCCAACGCUGCCCGUUCAGAAGAUCACUGAGGGCCAAGAGCUGUACUCAUGUACAGAGAAGAGCUUUCCCCCCAAGGAGUCGCUCCUGCCGCACCAGCAAGCCCCCCUGGGUGAGCAGACCUUCCCCUGCGUCCAGUGCGGGGAGGGGUUUUGCCAGAAGGUGACUCUCCUCCGGCCGCAGCACAGCCCUGCCGCCGAGGCUCCCGGUGGGUGCACGGCAGCCUUCAGCCACGGCCCACACCUCCUGGGGCACCUGGGGGUGCAGCCUGUCCUGGGGGAUGCGACCCCCCCAGCUCCCCCGGCCCCCGGGGUAGAGAAGCCCUUCAUCUGUAACCAGUGCGGCAAUAGCUUUGGCCUCUGGCUCUCCCUCGUGGCCCACCAGAAGACCCACCUCGGGCAGAAGUCCUACCCGUGCCCUGAGCAUGACAAAAGCUCCGGUGAUGAGCUGUCCCCCAAAGCUUCCCAGGAGAAGCAGGUGGAGGGGAGGGCCUGGGUGUGCCCCGAGUGUGGGAGAAGCUUUGCCCAGUACGAGCGUUUGGUAAAGCACCGGCAAAACCACCGGGGCAGAGGGCCCUACCGCUGCGAUGUCUGCGGGAAGAGGUUCAGCCUGAAGACCAACUUGGUGACCCACCAGCGCAUCCACACCGGGGAGCGUCCCUUCACCUGCGGCGUCUGUGGCCGGCGCUUCAACCAGAAGGGGAAUCUGGUGACCCACUACCGCACGCACACGGGGGAACGCCCCUUUGCCUGCCCCCAGUGCGGCAAGCGCUUUGCCCAGAAGCCCAACCUCAUCGCCCACCAGAAGACCCACACCGGCAGGCAGCCCUUCACGUGCCUGGAGUGUCCCAAGCGCUUCAAGAGCAAGCUCUCCCUGCGGGUCCACCAGCGAGUGCACGCAGCGGAGAGACCCCAGAGCGAGCCAGGCCAGGCCCCUGGCCUGCAGACCCACCCUGGCAGCCCCUAUCCCUGCUCACUCUGUGGGGAGACCUUUGAGGAGCACGGGGAGCUGCAGCUGCACCGGCAGGGCCACGCCGGGGAGCGGCCGCAUGCCUGCGCCGAGUGCGGGAAGCGAUUCCGGCAGAAGGUGAAUCUGGCUGUUCACCAGAGGACCCACACUGGCGAGCGGCCGUUUCGCUGCGCCGAGUGCGGGAAGGGCUUCAGCCAGAAGGCUCACCUCCUCCGGCACCGCAGGACGCACACCGGCGGCAUCCCGCCCUCCUGCUGCGAGGGGACGUGCCCAGCGCACCCAGAGGAGUCGGAUGGGAGCAGCACACCCCUGGGAAAGGGGUCUGACCCCCCCAGCAUGCUGCUGCCCCCCUGCUCUCGUGGAGCUGCUCAUGGAUCGCUGGCUCGGGAGGAGCUUCGGCCAGGAACGCAGCCCCCCAACAGACCAGAGAGCCCCUCCGGGGCAGCAGACAUCCUCCUACAGCUGAUGCAGGAAGACCAUCACCUCGUGUCUGGCUCCCACCACCCGCAGGAGGGACCCGCAGGGCAGUGCCCCUGUAAGUGCAGCGAGGGGGGGGAAGGCUUGAGCCCGAAGCCGCCGAGCCUGCCACCGCAGUGCUGCUGUGCUGACUGCGUGAGCCAGCGGCAGCUGCUCCUGAAGCCCCAGCCCGACUGCCGAGCGGAGCUCUGGUGCAAGUAUGGUGGCUGCGGCAGAAGCUUUGAGGAGAAGCGAGUCCUGAGAGUGCCUGAGAGAGCGCACGGUGAAGAGAAACCCUCGCCGUGCCCCAGCUGCUUGUAAUGCCUGCGCAGGCUGCCGAAAACCUGCCUUGGGGCGAGGGACUGGACCUCAUCAGCCUUGCACUAAAAGACACCAAACCUAAAGCAGCGGCGGCUCACGCUGAGGACCGAUCGCUGACCAAAUGAGGACAGUGCCGAGGGAAGGCCGCAAGCUGGGACUCGUGGUGCUUGCCAGGACAUGGUGGUGGUGGUGGGGACUCGGGAGGAACGUGGUGGUUUUGGGAACAGGAGACUCAGAGGACCCUACAGGCGGGUAUCGGAUGGGGUGAAGCAGGAGGUGGACUCAGAUGUGCCGUGUGAGCUUUCUGUCUCAUGAACAUACCAAAUCUAUAGAGGGUAUGGAGCUCAGGAGCAGUGACAGGACCCAGGAUCCGCAGCGUUUGCUCCUGCUGCGGCUGCACAGGCUGUAGGGAGCAGGAGGAGCUCGGGAUCCAGGAUCCCUUGGCUUAAAAACCUCUUCCAUCGUGCAGCAGGCGCAGCAACGGCAUGCCUGCCUGCUCCUGCCUCCAGGUUCAGUGGGUGACACACAGACCCAGAGACAGCCGUGGGGCAGUGAGGGGCCUCUGUGGGUCAAAAGCUUCUCCCAGAACCCUCCAUCCUUCUCUUCCGGACUGGAUGUCGUUCCACAAGGACACGUUUGGGAUGGAGAGCCGAGACUCCCACCAUCAGCUGCCCACCAGCCUGGGCAGAGGAGGAACAGCUUGGCUGGGUGGGAGGAGUGAGCUGCAGGAGGCAAGGCAAGCUGGGGAGAGGUGCCAGGGCCCUUUUUGCCGUGGAGGUGACCUCCUGCCGAUGCUCCCCAGCCAAACGCAGCAGGAUCUGGCCUGUGGCUUCCCCAGGGGUAGAGCAGCGGAGCUGGGUGAGCACCGUGAAAACAGGAAACAGCCGGGAAGACAGCCUGGAAGCAUCUUGGCUCACCUCUGCUUCCAAAAGGGACCCGGGAGAAGCCUCUCCUCCGAGCCCGGAGGAGCCAUGCAGGGUGAGGGGUGGGGUGGGGAAGGGGGGGGGGUGUAGCUUGUGCUUCUCUACUUGCUCUGUGGAUAAUCUUUCUGACUAGCACCUCUUUCUGGUACUCAAUUAACUUCUGAAUAGGUAACCCAGACAUGCCGGGAGAGCAGUAGCAGUUGUAGUCUGCCGGAGCCAUUGCGGUAGCUUGCGGUGGUGAUGUCUACCCAUUUCCCUGCCCAGCAUGGUGUCCCAGCUGCUGCGGGGCUGCUGGCAGCAGCGGGGGGCACCGGUUGCUUGCUGGGGCUUGCCUGGCAUCUCCGCUUCCCCAUGAGUGUGGCAGAGCCCGUGACA